AUGGCAGGAGUCAACGGCGGUAAGCGCACACUUCCGUCUUCAUUCCUUCCUUCUCAGUCCCCGGAAGGAAGAUCUGGAAGUAGACGGCGUCUUACACCACCCAACACGCAGAGUGAAGGGUCGACCAUCAACUGGUCUUCAAGCCCCCCACGGUCGCUGCUAAAACGAGCAAAUGAGAAAUACCAGGAGUCCACCUCAACUCUGAGGGACUGUGAGGAUGAUGGCCGGGAUACCCCGAGGCUGUUCCAGUCAGAACCCAUCCGCACCGAACUCACCACAACAAUGGAGUCUUUUCCAUUUGAGCAAGACCAGAGUGUUUACACAUCUCAACACCCUCUCGUUCAUCGUGUACGCAGCCUUCUUCGCUCACGGGCUGUAGGAUGUGCGCUUUGUGCUUUCUAUGAAUGGGGUCCAAUUGUCAAUACACAUAAGCUCAAACGCUGUUCACAUCGCGAUGAAGCCAGCGAAGCGCGCCCUUGGCUCGAGAUGUUUCGAAGGUACCAAGCAUGUGGCGGCGGACCAGGAGCUCGAUGCGCCCACUGUCGAUUCCCGAUUAUGCUAUGUUCGCGGACCGUAUACCGCGAGAAAAUGGAUCUAAAGUAUGGCAGCGAAGCGGAGGCCCUUGAAAAGGAAGACAUUUUGUACGACGAGGUACAGUGUAGAUGGGUCAAGACGAUGCAACGAUUUGUGACAUCAUGCCUUGUGUUCCAGGGAAGCGGGAAAGACGACGGUAUAAGCCGGCUCGGCGGUACGGUAUUGGAAAUGAUGGGAUGGCAGGAUUGGAAAGGCUUGAAAGAAAAUGGGCCGGAGCACAUUCGAGGAUGGUUGGAGGAGAUGGACGAGAUAAGAGGGUUACGAUGUCCACGGCUACUCAAAUUGUUUUGGUUACUAGCCGAGAGUCCAUCUAGCUAUUAA